GACGGUGGAGCAGAAGCACAGGUUCGGGUCACUGGGGUGGUUGUCUGGUUUCAUUCUGUGCGUGUUAUUUAUUACAGUUCUGGUACUGAUUCUCGGCGGGCUGAGAGUGUCUUCGUUUUACUUUGUGACCACCACCAGUUUUACUGUUGUAAAGUCUUGAACCACCCAGGUGACAAUGUUUGAGCAAACCAACCACAACGACCUGAUGCUUCUGCCCUCUCCGGAAGAUGAUGGGGACAUCCACAACCUGCUCUGCGACGAAGGCCAGGGCUUAUCGUUGGCUGAGGCCCUCCUCCCCUUGGUACAGUCCUCCGUCCCUCUGCCCUCACCACUGCUGUACUCGACCCGCUACAAGACGGAGCUGUGCAUCCGCUACGCCGAGACGGGCGACUGCAAGUACGCCGAGCGUUGCCAGUUCGCCCACGGCCUCCAUGACCUGCACGUGCCCUCUCGCCACCCCAAGUACAAGACGGAGCUCUGUCGCACUUUCCACACCACCGGGUUUUGCGUGUACGGCACCCGCUGCCUGUUCGUCCACGGUUUGCACGAGCAGAGGCCGCCUGCUCGUCAGCAGCGCAGGCCUGGCUAUGGACGCACCGUACCGUGCCGUAACUACAGGGACUACGGCGUCUGCCCCUUCGGUACCCACUGCCACUUCCUGCACGUGGAGCCCGCUGGAUCGGAGGUCUCCACUGAUGGCGAGGAUCACUGGCCGGCGUUGGGCACCGAGACGGUUCCUUCUUCUACCCCCCAGGCCCCACUGCGCUCUCAAAGCAAGCCACGAGGCGCACUGUGCCGCACCUUCAGUGCGUUCGGUUUCUGCCUGUACGGUACCCGUUGCCACUUCCAGCACAGCCUUCCCAAGUCGGUGCGAGGUGCGACGGACCAGUUGCCCCCUCCUCCGCCCACCACGCAGCAGCACGCACCCAUGUGGCCGUGCCGGUCCAUGACCCAGCUCCCCACCAGAGCUGUGUCCCCGGCCUCGGAUAUGCGCUCAUCGUCCCCAUUGUCAUGCUCAUCUUCCUCGCCACCAUCCGCCUUGGCCUCCCCUGUCUAUCCGGACGAUGGCUUCCCCACACCUCCGCUGUCCAGCGAGCCGAUGGCCCACAACGCGUUCACUUUCUCCAGUCAGCAACUGGAUGACCUCCUGCUUCCACUUGCACUUCGCCUUCAGCAGCUGGAGAACAGCCAGGCCAAGCAGGCACUUGGCAAGCCCUUGUUCUAGUCCAAGGACUAAAAUCGGAAGGCCCCUUGUUUUUCCAGGUGUGUGUUUGUGUGCUUCCUGUACUGACUUAUUUUUUUAACCAUGGUGUGCUUUUUAAAAUUUGUUUUGAAAUGAUUUUCCCUGCCAGGAAUGUCUUUUAACUAAUUACUAAUAUUGUAUAUAGAAUUUUUAAAAGUUGGGCGAGCCUUUUGUGUCGCCACCAGCCGAACACUUUAUUCUUUUACUCACGUGUAUUUGUUUGUUAAUGUAAUUUUAAAGUGUCAUAACUUAUUUUUACCUUGUCUUCGGCUCACAAUAAAAUUAUUAAACUUCAAA